AUGAAGACUGCGGCGCUAUCUAUUGAACAUACACUAUAUUACCAGCUCAGGAAUGAUGGGCGCAACGCCGUGGAGAUUAGUCUUGAGGAUGGGGCCGAGCUAACACACAUGGGAGAAACCCCUGACGAUGUGCUUGUUCUACUGAAAAAGAUCAAUGCACAUGCCUCCACGGCUCAGGGCUCUCAUCUUACAAUUCAAGUUCGUGGACAGACCCCUUCUGGUGCACACACUAAGACUCCGUUGCAUCUGCCACCGUUAGUCACCAUUGGAGUCAUGAAGCUGCCUGACUCAUUACUGCUUGGUGAGUUCAACUACUUUAACGUUUUCAUGAAUAAUCCCCGUACCGCCAAUGACCUAUCUGAUAGUCAAGUUCUCUGUGCUAUAGACUCCCCAGGAAUCUUCUGGGACGUCAUUCAAGAUAAAAUAAAGCAACUAGACAUGCUUAGAUUCUUUGACACUGACGUUGUUACUCUGUUAGCAACGUAUAGUGCUCAAGAGCUCUCUUUCUCACUGGCUAUCAACGGAGUCGUCAAGCCUUUGUUUUGUAAUUAUCGCUUAACAUCUCCACAGGCACAGGGGCAUGUCAGCCCUUUCUUUUUUAUCCAAUUCAAUAAUAUCAGCCUUAAAGUCGUUGGCAAUAUAGCUAGUGUACAGGCCAGCCUUCCAAAUCCGAAAAAGACGUUUAGUCCUUUUUCUCACUAUCUCCAAAAUAAUUUUACUUCCAAUCUUAUCACUCCCCUGCUUUCCAAGAUUGAACCACCACUUAACGAGCCGCCUGGUCUCUGUGCACCCACGCCCCCACUACCUGGUGUGUCAGCCACUGCUACCAUAGCUUUUUCUACCACUCCACAGCAGCCACAACAGGUCGUGCUCUCUUCGGAGAAGAUUAUGUACAAACACACUGCUAGCAAGCCUUCUCCAAAGCCAGCUGUGCUACCUUUCAAACCCACAACUUCUACUGUGGAACAGCACAUGCAAUUCGUGCAGUCUGCGCCGCCUGUUUGGGAUAAACUUACUGGAGUUAGAAAGCCCGUUGAACUGUCGAACAUUUAUGGUUUCGGUAAGCAGAUGGGCAACCAUACGGUGUGCGCUGAUGAAUCGACUAUUUAUGUAGAAGUAGACUUGGGAGCUCUUAAUGUUUCAGCAAACCAGAAGCCAAUCCAGCAAUAUAACUUUUCAACUACAGCCACUGAGUCAUCACUGGAAAACUUAGAUGCAUCACAGUUUUCUCUUGCUGUCUUCUCGCUUGUUAAGACCUUGGGAUCUCUAUCUUCCAUGGUGAUCAAUACACGCUCUUCGGACCUUAUCAAGCCUAAUGUGAGACUAAUAUGUGUCCACAAAGAAGUUCUCAAGGCAUUACCUUUAUGUGCAUUGUUUCCCAUUUUCUUGUCUUCUAACGUCAUUGAACCCGAGAUACCAUCUAUUAGGUCCUCUGGACUUUAUGAUUUCUUAGUAAGUGAAAACGGCGUGGAAAUGCAGUCGCACCGCGACGGCACUCUCAUUAAGAUUGACAGGUUUAUACUCAGAACUUUUGACAAUCUUUCUCAAUUCUUUGACAAGGAUUUCUAUGAGAAAAUGGUAUCGUUGGAAAGCAACCUAAUCAGUGAUCGACCUCCCCUUGAUCUUCAGAUUAGUUCGUAUGUCCUCUGUAUCUCUAUCAACACUGCGUGCAUUAGCGUUCUCCAGCACACAGAUGAGCGCCGUACAAAAGUACUCGCGUCGAUGAGUAAUGCACAAGUUCAGAGCUGGUUUUCGUUGUCUCAGCUAUCUACACCACUCGCUUGGCACAGAGUAGCUGAAGUUAUGUACAGGCAAAUGCCUGACAAUGCCUCCUAUUCCAAUGGCUUCCGGUUUCUUCGAAACACUCUGGGAUUUAUGGGCUUUAUCGACUUGUCCUACAGAAUUGCCACUAUAGACACUGAGGGCGUUGCAAUAACAACCCCUAUUCCCCUGGCCGAUCCUCGACUCACCACAACCGAUACCUUGGAGACCCCCGUAUCCAUCUGUGGAGUAUCCAUGCCCAAGGGAUGCACUCUUCAACUGGUGACGUACGACAUUUCAAGGGAUAGAAAGCUGGGAGGACAUAAAAACAUUUCACAGGACUACUUCCUUAAUCCGCCGGGAAAAUCAUCGUAUCUGGAUUAUUCUACCUUUAAUCGUGGGGUAUACCAAAGCGAAGCGAUAAAAACUUAUGAAUUUCUAUAUGAAAACGUUUUUGCUAAGAAAGGCGACAAGCGAGCCGCUGACAACAAGGCACAUGCUAUGGACACUGCCCUCAAACACACCCUAAGUGAGCUUUUGUCGUUGCUUGACACACACCAUGACCUACUAGAUGCUGCAGCUUCCCAUUUAAGCAGUCCAGACUAUCUUUAUGAUGUCUUCAUAAGCAGAGAGCUGGAUAGGGUCCAGUCUCCGGUCAGAUCUUCUGUCAUUAGGCACGCAUGUUCAUUUCAUACUGAUAUUAGAAGGAUUGAUGCCUCGAUUGAUAGUGUGAAAAACUCUAUAGACAUAUGGAACAAGCUUAAAUCCAUAGUGGAGGCAGGCCUUCCUUUUUGGAUCUUCUUCGACGAAAUAACCAACGUGACGAGAAGCCAAUCUGAAGCGCACGAACAGGAUUUUGUAGUGACGAACAAUUCCCCCUCUUUCAACGGCCGUGAAUUCAUAAUUGUUGCGCAUCGAGUGGGUGCCCGUAUCCUCUAUGUUUUAUAUGCUGAUGGAACUCCUGUGCAAACGGUCCUCACAGCUAAACCAAUCAAUGUCAUGUUGGCGUUCGACUCUCCCUGGGCCAUGAACUCCAAAUAUUAUCUCUGCAAAUCACCCGUAUAUUCGCCCAAUUAUUUGAGGUUGACAUCGUGGAAAGAGUGCUUCCAAAAGCCUAUUCCAUUCACUCCCUAUCUUCCCUCCCACUUAGAAAUGAUCCCGCUGACAUCGUCUCUAAAUUUGGAAAUGGGGUCUUCUAUGCUUAGCAACAGCAAUAGCAGCGCUGAGUCGUUGUCACUGUAUAACAACGUCGCCAACAAGAUGUCUCAUUGGGAAAGCCUACUAUUUGUGGGAUCGAACUCCCUUGUCACCCCUCAGACCACCAAUAUUUAUAUCUCUAUCUAUUCGCCGUACCACCCUGACGAUGACAAUCUGUCAAUUCUCCACCACUCACUGGUUAGACAGUAUGGCAGCAAGAGCCCCAGAGGCUCAUACGAGGAGGGGAACUACAUAAGCCUCGUAGCAUCUCAGUACCGUCAGCGUGUAUCUAGCCAUGUCGGUCUCCACAGCUUCAGCAAUAGAAGCUCUACGCGUAGACUUGACAUCGACACCACCAUGCUUAAUCUUAGCAAGAAAGACAUUGAGAAAGCGCCAAAGAACGACCAUGUUCUCAACAACAUCUCUAUGUAUCGGUUGGGAAAGGCUGCAAAGGCAGAGCUAUUGGCUAAUAUUACGAAUCAAUAUUACAUGGAUGGAUACAAGUUUGAUGGCGUAAACAAUCCGCUUCUAGAGGAUAAAUCCAUUGAAAGAUUGAAAAAGAGUAUCCAUGCACCGGAGAGUUACAGGUUUAGCUGGCAGGAUUUGAAGGCAUCUCUUGGGGGCCUUUAUGAAGAGCCCAUCCUUUUGUUUCUAUGCAUGGGGCAUUGUAUUGAUUAUACACACAUGUUCAACACAGAAGAACUGUUCUAUGGAGAAAAUGAUACGGAUACCAUUGUCUGGAACCUUCUACUAUUGAUAUUUGGCGGUGGAAACAUCUACAAGCCGUGUAUCCCGGUGGUCAAUUUUCUGAUAAAUGGUAUAAAUGAACGAGCAACCCGUCUACAGAGUCCAACCAAUCCAGAACUUUUAAUGAACGGAAACGUUGGACCCAUUAAGAGGCCAAUCAAUCCCAAAACCCUAUUGGAUAUAUCUUUUCCACCAAAUAUAUUGCGAGAUGAGUAUCGCUCUUUCUAUAACUAUGACAAGCUGUGUUAUGCAUAUGCAAGUAAUGCGUUUGAAGCGUACCACUUUGGGGAGAGCCUAAGGUCUGUUGAAACUAGCCAAGACACGAGGAUAACGUCCACUGUUUCUCUUGCUCCUACGUGCAAUCCUCCUGCGUCUGUCUAUGUUCGGUUUGAGUAUAUCUAUGUCCCUAGAAUAUCUACUGGUUCCAUUGAUGAAAUACUGCUCCACGAGAGUGAGAGAGUCAACAAGGUGAUAGACGACCUUCACAACGUUGCAAGUGGACAGGAUGACAACUGCGAGGCUUCUUUCCCCCAAUUUGAACUGGUCAAUACCGCGACAUCGAAGCCAUUAUAUGCAUCUUUUCAGCGAACCAAUGUCACCACAGUGGUACCAUAUGCAGCCUCAAAAAGCAACAGGUCCACAAUGCAGCUGUCCAACAAGCCAACGACUUCAUUUGUCCCAAGCGUCGAUGGCAAUAGCAACAAGGAUAUUAACAGAGAGAUGAACAUGUACACGGUUUCCAACAAUGGAUACGCCGUUGACGCUACAAACCUGGACAUCUGUGUGCUUCUCAGUGAGAUGCUUCCAAACAGGCCUCUCUAUUCUCAUUGCUUAAAAGUAGUUGUGCGAUUCCAAGGAAAGUAUGGUCGCUUUAUGAUCGACAGAUAUAGCUCUACAUUUUCGUGCGCACGAUUCACUGGAGAUGAUCGCACAAAAAAGAAGUACAUGGAAAUGCACGGCGAAAUGCGGGUGACCAUCAUCCUGGAUUACAAGCAGAUGUUCAUCUUUAUGUUUCUGCAGGACCUUCUCUCAAACAGCCAGACAAAUGCCCAACGUGUGCCGUGGAAAAUCAACUGGCCUGUUCGCUUCAUGGUUCUUCUUCAUCACGCUUCUGCAGAGAUCACUACCUUGGAAAACUGA